AUGGGAGCACUUAAGUGCACUCAAGUUACUUUACGAAUGGGCGAUCGUUCUAUAAAAUACCAUCUAGGUGUUUUAGAAGACGUCCCUGUUAGGGUGGGAAAGUUUUAUAUUCCUGUUGAUUUUGUUGUGCUUGAUAUGGAUGAGGAUGCCCAAAUUCCUAUUAUUCUUGGUAGGCCGUUUUUGUGUACUGCUUGUGCUGUUAUAGAUGUCAAGUCUGGGUCUUUCACUUUGAGUGUUGGUGAUGAUAAUGUCACUUUUAAACUAACCAAUGUUGUUAAGUCUCCUAUACUUGAGCAAACUUGCUGCAGGAGGAAAAUGUUUGAUGAGGGGGGCACUCAUUGCCAAGCCCCUCUGAUUUGA